AUGCGGAAGUUUGUCAGCCCCAGGGCAGCUCCGGAGCCAUCUUCAUCAGCUAUUGGCUCCCAGGACAAUGCCCUGGGGUUGAUGCACCUACGAAAACUAUUUGCGGAGUACCGCCAGCCAACACCUAAUGUUACUCAGAAGGAACAAGAGGAUAAACUCUAUAACAUGUUACCCCUUUUCUGCAAGGUGUUUGACAGUUCCCCAUCGAGUGAAAUGACUGAAAAGUUUGGAGAUAUCCAACAGUUUUGCAGCCAAGUUUCCAAACUAAUGGUUACUGAGAUCAGACGGAGGGCGUCCAAUCAGUCUACAGCAACUGCAAGCUGUUCUAUUGUGAAUUUUCUGGAGGUAGAAUCGCCCCAAGAGAAUAAUCGCGGCUCUCAAGCUCUUGUUGACCGUAUGACAGCGGCAUCAUUGCCCUCGACUCUGGUCAAAUGUCUCUACUUGUUCUUUGAUCUACCCAGUGUGCCGUGCACAGAUGUCUUGGAAGACGGUUACGAGUUUACACCAAAGGAACGAAGAAUUUUACUUCAGAAAGUGUUUGUUCAGUUUAUUAACCUUUCUGUUUUCCCAAUUCAUCUGCUCUUUUUUCUGUUCAUCAAACUCUAUUUGUUUACUGUUUUUUAUCUCUCUCUGUUCAUCUCUCUCUCUCCCCUGCUUGUCUUUCUCUCUCUCCCCCUCGUCUUUUCUCUCUCUCUCCCUGCUCGUCUUUUCUCUCUCUUCUCUCUCUCUCUCUCCCUGCUCGUCUUUUCUCUCUCUCUCUCUCCCCUGCUCGUCUUUCUCUCUCUCUCUCCCCUGCUCGUCUUUUCUCUCUCUCUCUCUCCCUGGUCGUCUUUUCUCUCUCUCUCUCCCCUGGUCGUCUUUCUCUCUCUCUCUCUCUCCCCUGGUCGUCUUUCUCUCUCUCUCUCUCUCCCCUGGUCGUCUUUUCUCUCUCUCUCUCUCCCCUGGUCGUCUUUUCUCUCUCUCUCUCCCUGGUCGUCUUUCUUCUCUCUCUCUCUCUCCCUGGGUCUCUCUCUCUCUCUUCUCUCUCUCUCUCUCUCUCUCUCUCUCCCUGGUCGUCUUCUCUCUCUCUCUCUCCCCUGGUCGUCUUUCUCUCUCUCUCUCUCUCCCUGGUCGUCUUUCUCUCUCUCUCUCUCUCCCCUGGUGUCUCUCUCUCUCUCUCUCUCCUGGUCGUCUCUCUCUCUCUCUCUCUCCCUGGUCGUCUUUCUCUCUCUCUCUCUCUCUCCCCUGGUCGUCUUUCUCUCUCUCUCUCUCUCUCCCCUGGUCGUCUUUCUCUCUCUCUCUCUCCCUCUCUCCCUUUCUCUCCUCUCUCUCUCUCUCCCGUGCUCGUCUCUCUCUCCUUUCUCUCCCCCUGUGCUCGUCUCUCUCUCAUUCGUCUCUCCUCUCCUCUCCUCCCCCCUCUCCCUUUCUCUUCAUUCUUCCUCUCUCUCUCCCCUGUUCAUUCUUCCUCUCUCUCUCCCCUGUUCAUUCUUCCUCUCUCUCUCCCCUGUUCAUUCUUCCUCUCUCUCCCCUGUUCAUUCUUCCUCUCUCUCUCCCCUGUUCAUUCUUCCUCUCUCUCCCCCUUUCAUUCUUUCUCUCUCUCUCUGUUCUCUCUCUCCCCUGUUCAUUUCUUCCUGUUCUCUUCUCUCUCUCUCUCUCUCUCCCCUGUUCAUUUUUCUCUCUCUCUCUCUCUCUCCCCCUGUUCAUUCCCCUGUUCAUUUUCUCUUUCUCUCUCUCUCUCUCUCCCCUGUUCAUUUCUCUUUCUCUCUCUCUCUCUCUCCCCUGUUCAUUUCUCUUUCUCUCUCUCUCUCCCCCUGUUCAUUUUCUCUCUCUCUUCUCUCUCUCUCUGUAUUAGUUCGUCUGUGUAGCCAUAUUUCUCCAGCUGAAGAACUAGCAAGGAAAGAUGACCUGAGUUUGUUAUUCAAUGCUAUUACAUCUUGGUGUCACCCCCACAGCAUACCCUGGAGGAAAAGUGCAGGUGAAAUUCUAGUGACUCUAUCACGACAUGGACUCACACCCCAAGUUGUUAACUAUAUUCAUGAGAAGGGUUGCGUGCGCCAUUGCAUCGAGAACAUGCAGAGAGCCCAGGAACUGUCCCCUAUUGAGAUGGUAGAAAUGAUUGUUACUGUGUUCUGCUUUCUCAAAGACUCAAGCGAAGUUUCUCAUACAUUAUUGGAUGAUUUUAGAUCCAGUCAAGGCUACAUCUUUCUGUCUGAAUUCCUCUUAAAACUAGAACAAAGCCCAGGCGAAGAUAGCCAACAAGCUCUUCGAAAUCUGGUGCUCCUAGUUGGGUCCUUGACAACAUGUGGCUUUAUUGAGUUGAAACCAAGUCAAGCUAGUACUGGUUCUCUCUUUCAAAUGCCAGGAUUCACAUUACCACAAGCAACUGGAAAGGGUGUCAGUGUGAAGAACAUUCAACUUUUCCAGGCCACCUCUGUGCAUUUAUGUUGUAAUAUUUUGGACGUAAUCAGCAGUAUUUAUCAUCAAGAUGAUGCCAACUACUUUAUUCUUGAAUCGCAACACACCCUUUCCCAGUUUGCCGAAAAAAUCUACCUCAAACCUCCUGAUAUACAGCAAAAAUUCUUUGAACUGUUGGAAUUCAUUGUUUUUAAUUUGAACUUUGUGCCAUGCAAGGAGCUCAUCAGCUUAAGCAUUCUCAUCAAGACACAACAUUCUGUUGGAUGCAGUAUUCUUUGUAUGAAGAGCUUGCUGAAGAUUCUACGCUAUCACAAUGUCUACAAGGAUGUAUUUCGAGAGGUUGGCAUGUUAGAAGUGAUGGUUACAUGUCUCCAUCGUUAUGCUGCUCUCCUCAAAGAGCCUCAAAAUGGAACAGAAAGAGAAGCAAUCACUGAGGAACAAAUGGAACUUGGAUUUUUGGUGAUGGAAGCCCUUGCCACUUUGCUGAAUAGUAACAGUAGCAAUGCCAGUGUAUUCCGUGAAUGUGGGGGAGCCCGCUGUGCACACAACAUGGUGCCUUACACUGAUUGCCAGCAUCAAGCUCUCAACAUUGUACAACAACUGGUUCUCUCACCUGGCGGUGAUGACGAUAUGGGCACUCUACUUGGACUAAUGCACACAGCACCUGUCACGGCCCUGGAGCUGAAAACCCACAUCUUAAAGUCCCUGUUGAAUGUCCUACGUGAAAGCCACCGUACUCGCACAGUAUUCCGUAAAGUUGGGGGAUUUGUCUACGUUAUGUCUGUGUUUGUUUCCAUGGAGGGGUGCCUGGCCUCUCCACCCAAAUCCCCUUGGGAUCAAGUUGGCAGACAUGAAAUUCUCACCAUGUUGAAAACAGUAUUCAGCACUCUGACUGUGGCAAUGAGAUAUGAGCCAGCCAAUGCCAAGUUCUUUUCUACUGAGGUUCGCUAUGAUAGCUUAACUGAGGCAGUACGUCUUCUUGGUUGCUUCUCUAAUACCAUCGACAUUCUUCCUGAUGUUGAAGAACUGGUCAGUGUUGAAACCCAGACCAUGCCAGAGGCAUUCAGUAUCUUUGAGGAAUUCUUCAAUGAUGUAAAAGACAGCAAAUCCAAAGAAGAACUCCCUUUGACACUUCAGUCGGCAUGUUUGAUGAUUCGUUUCCUUUAUGACAUGACCUUGGAUUCUUUUGAUAAGGAACCUGGUAGUGGUAGCUGCUCCACCUUGAAGCGCAACAUCUCCUUCCGGGUUGAAGGCCCACAUUCUAAUGUUUCCCUGCCGAAGAGAGCCAGUACGGGCAGCAUUAACUUGUACCUGGCUAGCUGCCAAGAUCAGAUAAUUGUACACCCAGGAGCUGUGAUGUCUAUCUUUCAUUUGCUUCCAGCUAUUGAGUACAGCCCACAGCCAAAGCUUGCCCUCGACCUUCAGGUGUACACAGCAGAAAUUCUCAAGUCCAUCAUGCGGACUGAACGUAAUCAACAAAUCAUGUGUGACGUUGGCUUCCCUCAUGAAUUACUCAGUCAUGGCAACAUUGCCCUGGCAGAUGAGUCCCACUCAUUACACCCACCCCUGCAGUAUAUGUUUGAAAGACUUGCUGCACAAGCUCUCACCCCAAAGGAUCUCAAAGAUUUUGUACGUCUUGGCUCCCCACUCAACUGCUGGUCAGUUGAUGAUUUGUAUGACGGCUAUCGAAAUGGUUUUGUUUGUAGCCACAUGCACAAUGGUUGUGAACAGAGUCGUGGCCACAAUCUGGAGGAGAAACGCACACCCUUCGAGAUCGAGGACCAAUUGAAAACUGCUGGGGGGCCAGUACCCCUUACUCGAGUCAAAUGCCUGGUUUCCAUGACAACCCCCAGAGAUGCACGCAUGCACGGGUCCUCGGUCACCCCAGCAUUUGUCGAGUUUGACAUGAGCACUGAAGGCUUUGGCUGCCUUUACUUACCCAGUAUUGCUCCCCAGGGUCCACCAACCCCUUCAGUUGUUGGAGGAGUGGUUGGAUCUUCGGAUCCUGUUGUUAUUGGAGGCAUCGGCACAGGUGAGAGAAUGUUUCCUCCUCAAUCAGGACUAACGUACUCUACGUGGUUCUGUGUUGACAAAUUCAGCUGCGCAUCAACUGACCCUCACUCGGUGCGCUUGCUGACCAUUGUCCGCAACCUACAGGGCCGCGAUGAGAAUCUCAUCUGCCUGAGUGUUACUCUGACAGCCAAGGAUCGCUCCCUCAUUGUGUCCACUCAGGAAACUAGUAUGCCAACUACAGUUACUGGAUGUGAUCAAGAGGAGGAGCCUCUUCUCGGAGAUAAUACAGUUCGUUUUUGGUGCCCCGAUCUCACCCAAGAAGGACAGUGGCACCAUCUAAUUCUGAUUUUUCAUCGAGCUGGUAUCAUGAAAAACAGCAAUGUCAGUCUAUUUCUUGAUAGCCAUCAUGUGAACACUCAAAAGUUUAUUUACAUUAUAAAAUCAAUUUUUCUAUCUAUUUUUCAAUUUUUCCUUUUUGUUUCAAUAUUACUUUCUUUUGGCAAUCUUUCAAUGUUUUUGUUCUUUCUAUUUUCCGUUUUGUCUUGUUUUCUCGUUCUUUCUUUAUUCUCUCUCCUUCCAUUUUCCUUUCACCAUUUUCUUUUCUCUUAUUUCUCUUUUUUCAUUUUUAUUCUCAUUUUUUGCUCUCUCUCCUCUAUCAUUCCCUUUUCUCCUUCUAUCUCCUCUUUAUCAUCUUCUUUUCCUCUUUCUUGCUCUCUCUCUCUCCUCUUUCUUGCUCUCUCUCUCUCCUCUUUCUUGCACUCUCUCUCUCCUCUUUCUUGCACUCUCUCUCUCCUCUUUCUUGCACUCUCUCUCUCCUCUUUCUUGCACUCUCUCUCUCCUCUUUCUUGCCCUCUCUCUCCUCUUUCUUGCCCUCUCUCUCCUCUUUCUUGCCCCUCUCUCCUCUUUCUUGCCCUCUCUCUCUCCUCUUUCUUGCCCUCUCUCUCUCUCUCCUCUUUCUUGCCCUCUCUCUCUCUCCUCUUUCUUGCCCUCUCUCUCUCUCUCUCCUCUUUCUUGCCCUCUCUCUCUCUCUCCUCUUUCUUGCCCUCUCUCUCUCCUCUUUCUUGCCCUCUCUCUCUCCUCUUUCUUGCCCUCUCUCUCUCCUCUUUCUUGCCUUCUCUCCUCUUUCUUGCCUUCUCUCCUCUUUCUUGCCUUCUCUCCCUCUCUCUCUCACUCUCUCUCCCUCUCUCAACAAUAUGCAAAAUAGUGCCUUCCAAUCCAAAGCAAACUCUGAUCAUUUAG